AGAGAGAGAGAGAUGAAGAGAGAGAUUAACAGGAGUAGGAGACAGGCGCAGUAGCAGACUCCUAUAUCCGCCACACGGAGACGGACGGUGCCAGCUGCUAGCUACGUUAGCCACAGUUGACAGUUAGCAACUAGCUUAAGAGUCGUAGCACCUUUGCUGCACAAGAGGGACUGAGCAAGAGUGUGUUUGUGCGUGUGACAGCGUGUGUGUCGAGGCUUUGAGCACACGCUCGCCCGUCCUGAAGUCACUCCGUGUGUCUGUGUGUGAGUGUGCGCGCGCACGAGAGUGUGUGUGUACAUAUAACCCCCCCCCUAUCUCCCUCUUCCGAUCAGCAGCAGCAGCGUGUCUGUGAUUGUGUGUGUGAGGUUAGCAAGCAAAGAGGCAAACUCACACACAUAAACACACUCUUGAUAGUCGACUGUUUACACUCGGUGUCCGGUUACUUGACAGCGGAGUCGCAGCAUUUACUGAUCCCGACACAGCACCAGCAUGAUGUUGAGGUACGCUGCGGUCCAAGGCAGCCUCAGCCUGUUGGCUGUCAGGCGGGUGUGUCUUCUCUCCCGCUUUGCCCACUCUGCUCCACAGAGCGAGUAUCGACCAAUCAAGAAAGUCAUGGUGGCCAACAGAGGUGAGAUAGCUAUCCGCGUGUUCAGAGCCUGCACUGAACUGGGAAUUCGAACUGUGGCCGUCUACUCCGAGCAAGACACUGGACAGAUGCACAGGCAGAAGGCCGAUGAGGCUUACCUGAUUGGAAAGGGCCUGCCACCUGUCGCUGCAUACCUGCACAUUCCUGACAUCAUCAAAGUAGCCAAGGACAACAAUGUGGAUGCGAUCCACCCGGGCUACGGUUUCCUGUCUGAGCGGGCGGACUUCGCCCAGGCCUGCGCAGAAGCAGGAGUGAUGUUUGUUGGGCCAACCCCAGAGACGGUCCGCAAGAUGGGCGACAAGGUGGAGGCUCGCUCCCUGGCCAUCAGCGCAGGUGUACCUGUUGUACCAGGAACAAAUUCCCCCAUCUCCAGCCUGCAGGAGGCGCAGGCGUUUGCCCAAACAUACGGUUUCCCCAUCAUCUUCAAAGCAGCCUAUGGUGGGGGUGGUCGAGGCAUGAGGGUGGUCAGAGAGUACGAGGAACUCGAGGAGAAUUACCAGCGGGCCUACUCUGAAGCCCUGACGGCUUUUGGGAAUGGAGCCUUGUUUGUGGAGAAGUUUAUUGAAAAGCCGAGACACAUUGAAGUACAGAUCCUCGGCGAUAAGUAUGGCAAUGUCAUCCACCUCUAUGAGAGAGACUGCUCCAUUCAAAGGAGACACCAAAAGGUUGUGGAGAUUGCUCCGGCUUUCCAACUGGACCCUCAUCUGAGAGACCGGCUUCACGCUGACGCUGUCAACCUUGCCAGACAGGUGGGAUACGAGAACGCAGGGACCGUGGAGUUCCUGGUGGACAAACAUGGCAAACACUACUUCAUUGAAGUCAACUCCAGACUCCAGGUUGAGCACACAGUCACAGAAGAAAUCACUGAUGUGGACCUGGUGCAUGCCCAGCUGCACGUGUGUGAGGGCCGCAGCCUGCCAGAACUGGGCCUCAAGCAAGACAAGAUCAGGGUGAAUGGCUCCGCGAUCCAGUGCAGAGUGACGACCGAAGACCCAGCCCGGGGCUUCCAGCCAGACACCGGCAGGAUUGAGGUUUUCCGAAGCGGUGAAGGCAUGGGCAUCCGCCUGGACAGCGCCUCUGCCUUCCAGGGUGCGGUCAUUUCUCCCCACUAUGACUCCCUGCUGGUGAAAGUCAUCGCCAGCGGGAAGGACCUGCAGACAGCAGCUUCCAAGAUGAGCCGUGCCCUUGCCGAGUUCAGAGUACGAGGGGUCAAGACCAACAUCCCGUUCCUCCAGAACGUUCUGUCCAACCACCAGUUCCUCCACUCCACUGUGGACACACAGUUCAUCGACGAGAACCAGGAGCUCUUCAACCUCAAACCCACUCAGAACCGAGCCCAGAAGCUGCUGCACUACCUGGGUCAUGUGAUGGUAAACGGACCAACCACACCCAUCCCGGUGAAGGCUAAGCCCUCCUCCACAGACCCUGUCAUCCCUCCUGUCACCAUGGGCGACCCUCCCGUGGGUUUCCGUGACGUGUUGCUGCGCGAUGGUCCCGAGGGAUUCGCCAAGGCUGUGCGCGCGCACCAAGGUCUGCUGCUAAUGGAUACCACGUUCAGGGAUGCUCACCAGUCGCUCCUGGCAACCAGGGUUCGGACCCAUGACCUGAAGAAGAUCUCACCAUUCGUCAGCCACAACUUCAGCAACCUUUUCAGCUUGGAGAACUGGGGAGGUGCUACCUUUGACGUGGCCAUGCGCUUCCUGUCAGAGUGCCCGUGGAAGAGGCUCCAGGAGCUGAGAGCUUUGAUCCCAAACGUCCCUUUCCAGAUGCUGCUGAGAGGAGCCAACGCUGUGGGCUACACAAACUACCCUGACAAUGCUGUUUUUAAGUUUUGUGAGGUGGCCAAGGAGAACGGCAUGGACAUCUUCCGUGUAUUUGAUUCCCUGAACUACCUGCCCAACAUGCUUCUGGGGAUGGAGGCUGCCGGAGCAGCAGGCGGCGUAGUCGAGGCUGCCAUCUCUUACACGGGUGACGUGUCUGACCCGAUGAGGCAGAAGUACUCCCUGGACUACUACGUGAAACUGGCGGAUGAGCUCGUUAAAGCCGGAACCCACAUCCUGUGUAUCAAGGAUAUGGCCGGCCUUCUGAAGCCAGAAGCCAGCAAGCUUCUGGUCGGCGCUCUGAGAGACCGUUUCCCAGAUGUACCGAUCCAUGUGCAUACACACGACACAGCUGGAGCCGGAGUGGCUGCCAUGCUGGCCUGUGCUGAGGCUGGAGCUGACGUAGUUGACGUGGCUGUCGACUCUAUGGCUGGCAUGACUUCUCAGCCCAGCAUGGGAGCCAUCGUGGCCUGCACCAAGGGGACCAAGCUGGAUACUGGCAUUGCUCUGGAGAAGGUGUUUGACUACAGCGAAUACUGGGAAGUCGCCAGAGGCCUCUAUGCUCCAUUUGACUGCACAGCUACAAUGAAAUCUGGCAACGCUGACGUCUAUGAGAAUGAAAUACCAGGAGGACAGUACACCAACCUUCACUUCCAGGCUCAUAGUAUGGGACUGGGAAAUAAAUUCAAGGAGGUGAAGAAGGCCUACACUGAAGCCAACAAACUGCUGGGGGACCUCAUUAAGGUGACUCCAUCCUCAAAGAUCGUGGGUGACUUGGCACAGUUCAUGGUGCAGAACAACCUGACCAGGGCAGAAGUGGAGGAGAGGGCUGACGAGUUAUCCUUCCCCCUGUCUGUGGUCGAGUUCCUGCAGGGAUACAUCGGGAUACCACAUGGAGGAUUCCCUGAGCCACUCAGAUCUAAGGUCCUGAAGUCUCUCCCCCGUAUUGAUGGUCGUCCCGGUGCCUCUCUGCCACCCAUGGACUUCAAGGCCCUGGAGGAGGGGCUCCGAGCUGCACACGGUGAUGACAUCACCCCUGAGGAUGUGAUGUCGGCGGCCAUGUACCCGAAGGUGUUCCAGGAAUUCAAGGAAUUUACUUCUAACUUCGGCCCUGUGGACUGUCUCAGCACCAGGCUGUUCCUGGAUGGACCCAAGAUCGCUGAGGAGUUUGAGGUGGAGCUGGAGAGAGGGAAGAUCCUCCACAUCAAGGCGCUGGCACUGGGUGACCUGAACAAGGCCGGUCAGAGAGAGGUCUUCUUUGAGCUGAACGGACAGCUGAGAUCUGUGCUGGUUAAAGACACCGUCGCCAUGAAGGAAAUGAAGUUCCAUCCCAAGGCUCAGAAGUCUAUCAAAGGUCAGGUAGGAGCACCCAUGCCUGGAAAAGUCCUGGAAGUCAAAGUGGAAGUUGGAUCCAAGGUGGAGAAGGGUCAGCCGCUGUGUGUCCUCUCGGCCAUGAAGAUGGAGACUGUGGUCAACUCCCCGAUGGCUGGGACCAUUAAGGCAGUCCAUGUCACGGCCGACGCCUCCCUGGAAGGAGAUGACCUGAUCCUGGAAAUCGAGGAAUAGAGCGAGAGGGCAGAAGGAAGGAGGGGGGAGUUAGACUAUCUGAUUUGGGAAAUUGUGAGAGGUAGAGGAAAAAGAAAAAAAAAGGAGGACAGGAAAAAACAGGAAGCCACAGAUAUCUUCUGUUGUAGUACUACAGGACAUUUUGGUCCCCAGUUUGUACAUAUUCUGUUUGGUUACACUGGGGACACAAAAUUAAGCACUGCUCUACACAUAUCCAGACCUGAUGAGCAGAUUAUAUGACAAUCGUAAAUACUAUCAAUCUCUAUGUAAUCCUCCCAAAAGAUAGAUGCAGUGAUAAGAUUAAAGAAAACUCACAUCCUGUCAACUUGUGGAAAAAUGUCUUUUAGAAUAACGCACAGUGAUACAGUAACGCACAGUGAUGAAUUGUGAUACAUUCCGUUACUUAAACGCUAGUCUUAAAUCUAAUGAGAUGUACUACAAUGAACUGACCUGACUGUGUUAACACUACAGGGUCAUAACAUCUACCUUCUACAAUUUCAUUUCUAUGCCGUUGAUGUUGCCUAAAACAUUAAAUCUGAGUGACACUAUAUUAACGACUACUAAAUGUCUUUCUUUGUAAUCAGCAGGAUUUAGACAAAGGGGGUGGGGGGGUAGACUUGAGGAUGUAUUACCAAAUCAUUUUUUUCAUAUGGGAACAUUUUCAUUUUUUAGCAUGCUUGCCUUUGUAAGCCAUGAUCAAUCGCUGACAUGAGUCACAGUGCAUUCUGGGAAUGUGUAAUCACUAGUUGCAUUUAGACGCCCUUAUUUUUGUAUGUAAAAAAAAUGGGGGGGGGGGGGGGGGGGGUCUUUGGAAAAGAUAAAGUACACAGGGGCUGAAGGAAAAAGGAAAAAAAAAUUACAAUAUUUUCACAAUAAGAGCACAACAAAGCAAGUGACAACAUGUUCGGUUGACAUGGACACAGAUAAACAUGCAAGAAAAGUUAGAUGCUGCACCAAAGUGAAAAAUGUAUUCUGUUACUGUAUCAGUAAUAGUAGAUGGUGUUUUUUUUUGUUGUUGUUAAAGAUCUGAGCUGGUGUUGAAAAUGUUUCCCCAUUCACACCUGUCUUUUAAAAUCCCAAAACAGAAGCCAGUUGUUGCAGCAUUGUUAAAAUGAAGCUGUAGGCCAGACUGGAAACACCUGAACAGGAUUAGAGAUGUGAUUUUCACAAAGUACCAUGGUUUAGAUGUGGCUUUCUUAAUCCAAAGCCAGCAGUAGGGUGGCCCAAUCAACCAGCUGAGCUCUAUCUGCUGUUUCAUUUUAGAGGUAUAAAGUCACAGUGUUAUGGUGGCUUCCAAGACAUUUUGGUUUAAUAGUGUUGGGAAAGUUGUCAGAGGAGUGGUUCCACCCUGUCUCUUCAGAACCAGUCAUAGAUUAUGGUGAAUGGCCUUCUGUCUGCAUGGGGAUUUUAAUGCUAGGUGUAAAUGGGAUUACAUGGUGGUGUAAUGGAGGCAUGUGGUGUUAUUUUCUGAGGCUCCGCUGAUUAAUUUAUGAAUUAAUUCUCUGUCAAAUGAUGUGAAAUUAGCCGGACUAAUAAGAGACUCUGGAGACUCCCAGUAGCAGCACUCAGCUUUAUAAUUCUAAUGCGUGUGUGUGUGUUUGCAUAAAUGAGCCUAAACGUGUGCGUGAAAGCAAAUUUUAAGACAAAGUCAACCAGUUCCCAUUACGUUGCACCACCACAACUGAAACAUUGUUAAAAAAAUAAUAAUAAUUUAUACAUGCACACACACACACAUGCAAAAUAUUCACGCUAACACUCCUAGCCCUCGAGUGCUGGAUCAAAACAAAACCAAGUACACUGCACGUUGGUGUGGCUGCAUCUCCAUAGAAACACUAUCCAAAACAUUUAACAGCAACGCAGCUGCGACCCUAGCCAUUUGUCAGAUGAUACUGUUAAAUACGGAAAUUAAACUCUCAGAAGAUCAGACUUUGCUUUAACUCCACUAAUGUCAGCUGCAGGCCUUUUAACCACCCGAGGGUCUUGGACCUGGAAAGUGAUCUAUGCCAAAUUGAAGGUGCACCUACCCUGACCAGUCAAAGUAGACAAUGAACAAGCAGGAAUACCUUUAGGUCACACAGUAGGAGAGGAAGCAUCACAAGCUCCUUGUAACACAGUGAAGCAGGAAGUGUUCAGGAUAGCGAGCCAGAAAAGACAACAGCUUACUUUCCAAAACGUCUGUACCACACAGACGCAGCACAUCGAUCGAAACAAACAAAAAUUGAACUUGAAUCUCUAGUACUCGACUGAAUUGUUGCCAGAGUUUCUGCACCAUUACCUCUGAGAACGAGUCCCCUUUUGAACUAUGCAUCAAUACUAAGCAGCGAUACCAUACCUAAUUAGAACACUGAUAUGUCUCCUCAUUCUGCCAGCCCACUGCCAUGCCUCAAUGUACCUCCUGGCUGUACCAAUCUGUAUGAAUCUUUUGAAAGAGAUAAAGUGGUAGGAAUGUAUGACUGAGUGUUUUUGAUGAGCUGUUGCACAAUAAUAUAAUGGUCCCUCCUCCUCUCCUUUUUUACCUCUUCUCACUUCACAUCUGCUUUUCCUGUCUCAUCUAUCCAACUAAACCUUUCAUCACAUCUCCCUCUCCAUCUCCCUCUCCCUUCUCUCCACAGUGUAAAUUUGCACAUGUUAAGAUGUUGGCAUCAACUCAUGCAAUAAGGUAAACUGUACCUGUGUUUCUCUGUCUUAGCCAGCAGCAAUUCCAGCAAUCGCGCUUGUGACAAUGUACUACUACUGCUCAGUGUCUGAGGCAAAAAAGAAAAGAAUAAAAUCAGAGAAAAAUUACACAUACCUAGAAAAUGUUAUUUGUUUCAGAAAAGAGGAUAUACUGUUGACCUGUUCUUGAGCUCAUGCGGUCUAGAGGUGAACUAUCACAGAGAGUAUGAAAACGGGGUCUGUGACAUUUCUAUUUUCUUUCUAUUGCUUUCAUUUGUGUGUUUUUAUGAAACCAACCAAACUGUUUAUUUACUCUCAGUUUAGCAGGCACGGCUACCAGCAGAUUCAAAAUGUCUCCAUGGAAUUUCUAUCAAAUGUUCACAAGUUGUCAAGAUAUUUUUAUGUUAUUUCUAAACAAUCCUAGUUUGAAAUUUACAUUUCACUGUAAUUGUUUUAAUUUACUGAUGUAGUUUACAUUUAAUUUACUUUAAAGUUUAAGUUAAUGUUCAGGUCCUCAGAGUGGGAAUACACUAAAAGGGAAAUAAGCAGUACAAACUAAAAGUGAUAAUUGUUCUUGUUCUAUCUAUACUUAUUAAUAAAGUGUCAACUGUAAA